AUGGGAAACAACACAUUCCGAUUCAUGGUUGGCGGUGUUGAAAUCCCAUUGACGAUCGAUUCGGGAGCAGCUGCCAAUAUUAUUAACAAGGAAACUUGGGAUGAGAUGAAAGAGGCUGGGGUACAUGUAUGGGGGAUGACUUCCAAAAUUGAUAAACAAUUUACAUGUUAUGCAUCGGAGACACCCAUGCAAAUUGUUGGAAGCUUCAUGUCAACUAUUGAGGGCGGCGGAAGAAAAACUGAUGCACAGUUCUACGUUGCUGAAAAGGGGCAACAAUGCUUGCUUGGGGAUGAUACGGCAAAGAGAUUGCAAGUGCUGAAGGUGGGUUUCGACAUUGGGAACAUCUCAACCGGACCAGCCAAAGAGUUUCCGAAGUUUAAAGGCAUUGUAGUGGAAAUCCCCAUAGACCAGAGUAUCCAACCAGUUCAACAAGCAUAUCGACGUGCGCCGUACGCUCUCGAGGAUAAAGUGGAGGAGAAGUUAAGAGUAUUGUUGGCGCAGGGUAUUAUUGAAAGAGUGAAAGGGCCGUCCCCGUGGGUGUCACCAAUGGUUCCGGUCUUGAAGGAAUCGGGGGACGUACGCCUAUGCAUCGAUAUGCGACGAGCUAAUCAGGCAGUUUUGCGCGAAACACACCCUCUUCCCUUGGUGGAUGAGCUGCUGGGAUCCGUCAACGGAGCGACGGUUUUUCCAAGAUAG